AUGGAGGACAGCCUAAAGCAGCUCAGCCUGGGGAGAGAUCCUGAGGGGGCAGGGGAUAGCCAGGCCCUGGCUGAGCUCCAGGAGCUUGCCCUGAAGUGGUUCAUGGAGACACAGGCCCCUUUCAUUCUGCAGAACGGUGCCCUGCCUCCCUGGUUUCAUGGAUUCAUCACCCGCAAGCAGACGGAGCAGCUACUCAGGGACAAAGCUCUUGGUUCCUUCCUUAUCCGCCUCAGUGACCGAGCCACUGGCUACAUCUUGUCCUACAGGGGCAGUGAUCGCUGCCGACAUUUUGUCAUCAACCAGCUUCGAAACCGGCGUUACAUCAUCUCAGGAGACACCCAGAGCCACAGCACCCUGGCUGAGCUUGUGCGCCAUUACCAGGAGGCACAGCUCGAGCCCUUCAAAGAGACGCUGACUGCUGCCUGCCCCCGGCCAGAGGACAAUGAUCUGUAUGAUGCCAUCACCCGGGGCCUCCACCAGACCAUCGUGGACCCAGAAAACCCGCCUGCCACGGCAUUCCCCACAGUGGUCCCAGACAAGGCCGCCAGCCCCCGCUCUUCUCCAAAGCCCCAGGUCUCCUUCCUCCAUGCACAGAAGAGCCUGGAUGUGAGUCCCCGGAACCUCUCCCAGGAGGAAAGCAUGGAGGCUCCCAUCAGAGUGUCUCCACUCCCUGAGAAGAGUUCCUCCCUCCUGGAAGAGUCUUUUGGAGGCCCCAGUGACAUCAUCUAUGCAGACCUGAGGAAGAUGAACCAGGCACGGCUAGGCUUGGGCACAGCUGGCAGCCGGGCCUACUCCCCAGGCAGGGAGGCCCAAAGGAGACUCUCAGAUGGAGAACAGAACAGGCCUGAUGGCCUGGGGCCUGUCCUUUCUGGGGUGAGCCCAGACCAGGGUCCCACAGAGUCUCCCACUUCCUGGGGAUGUUCUGAUGCCAUGGGAUCCCUGGGGGCUACCUGGAGGCAGGAGUUUCCAAAGCUGAGCCAAGAGGCUCAGCCCUGCUCCCAGGGCAGCUCUGCAGAUAUCUAUGAGUUCAUCGGGACAGAAGGCCUCCUGCAAGAGGCCAGGGACACACCAGACCAAGAAGGCAGCACCUAUGAGCAGAUCCCAGCUUGCUGGGGUGGCCCAGCCAGGGCCCCACAUCCUGGGGCCAGUCCCACGUAUAGCCCAUGGGUCCAUAGCUACAAGAGGAUCUCAGGGACCCCAGAGCUCUCAGAGCCUGGGAACACCUAUGAACAGAUCCCAGCAACCAAGAGCAAGGAGACUGGAUGGACACACAAGGCUGACAAGCUUCGGAGGCUCUUCUUCACGAACAGGAAGCACAAAUUCUGAGGGCCUGGCAUCCGGCAGCCCACCAGUGGGUUUCCUGGUACCCAGGCCAUGCCAGGGGUUAUCGCAAAGGCCUCAGCUCACUUGAAGGCACCCUUUGAAUCUUGAGACUCAUCCAGCCUGCUACAGAACUAGGCUCCAAGAUGCCGAGGUGCCUGCCUGAGAGCAGGUGGAAGAGGACCUUGCAGGUGCCUGCAGCUCCUGGCUAUGUCCUGCUUUCCUUGUGCCUCCCAUCCAUGCACAGGAGGGAAUCAAGACUGGAGAGGAAUGAGAUUGGCCAAAGGCAGGGGUCACCACCCCCGUUUCCCAGAUAAGCAUGCUGAGGCCCAGGCAGACUGACUGAACCUGCCUCCCACUACUGAGCACUUACCGAAUGUGUGGCAGGCAGUAUGCUAGCACAGACACCUUUCUAACUGGCCAAGUGACAUCAUGCAAUUGCUACUGAGAACAAAACCAGUUCCCCUCCUUGUGGCCCCAUCAGCGAAAAGGAGGGGAGGGCCAGAAGCCACAUCCUCUGCUUCAGGCCUCUUCGCUCCAGCUGUACCCUCAGGUCAGGCUGGCUCUUCCUGGAACUCUGUCCCUCAGGAAACUUCCUGUUUUGUGUGUCACUUCCCUUCCUAUCCACAUGUCCCCUUCUCUAUAAGGGUGGACAGCUGGCUUGCUACCCCACUCCCAACAACCCCCAGGCCUGGGAUGCAGAAAACAGGACUGAUCAUCUCCAGAGAGAACACCAUAGGUGCCCCUCCUCCCUGCCCUGACCCUGGGCAGAGCUGGCUCAGGUCGCAUUUGUGGGAAAUCUACUCUUAGUGACCACUUGGCUAUGCAGCUUUUCCUGAAAUAUAGGCCUGUAAGAGUCCCUCCCUCCUUGGGGGUUUAAGGAUUGAGACUGAA